AGUGUCAACCUGCUAGAACCUGCAAUCUGCUCCCCGAUAUAUUACACAAUUAACUGGAUGAAGGGUUUGCUGUGUGAGGCUGGGCUGUAGGCUAUAUGACCCAACAUGCGUUUACUCAAGUCAAGAAUGAGGAAAGGCGUUCAAGUGUCGAAGUGAAGAGGUCCAAAGGGAACUCAGACGACUCAUGUCAAGUCGACUCCGUUACUCUCCAGCCAUGGGAACUUUUUUAAACGGUCUGGUGAUACUGUUUCUCUUUUUGUCAUCGGCAUCAAACGUUUUCGGUUCCAACAUCUGCACAUCGAGAGGAGUCACUACUUGUCAACAGUGCUUGGCGGUUCACCCUAGCUGCGCGUGGUGCUCUCAGGAGGAGUUUGGAAAGGGGGGGUCCGGUGCGUUCCGCUGUGACCUGAAGGAGAAUCUGCUAAAUGUAGGAUGCAGUAAUUCAGCUUUGGAGUUUCCCUCCAGCACCCUGACUAUUCAGGAGGACACACCCCUCAGUGACAAGGCCUCUGGGACUGCAGACGAUGUCACUCAGAUAAAGCCUCAGAAACUCCAUAUUGUACUCAGACCAGGUGAUGCUAAGCGAUUCACUGUGUCAGUGAAACAGGUGGAGGAUUACCCAGUGGACCUUUACUAUCUGAUGGAUCUUUCCUAUUCAAUGAAGGAUGACUUGGUUCGCCUUCGCACCUUGGGCAAUGAGCUUGCCGUGACCAUGGGCCGCACCACAAGCAACCUACGCAUGGGGUUUGGAGCCUUUGUGGACAAGACCACGUCCCCUUAUAUGUAUACCUAUCCUCCAGAGGCAGUGGAAAACCCUUGCUAUGGAAUUGGAGAUCAAUGCCAGGCUCAGUUCGGGUUCAAGCAUGUGCUGUCGCUGACGGAGAAGGUAGCUCGUUUCACUGAGGAGGUGGAGAAACAGCAGGUGUCUAGAAAUAGAGAUGCUCCAGAGGGUGGAUUUGAUGCUGUCAUGCAGGCUGUGGUUUGCAAGGAGAAGAUUGGCUGGCGUGCGGAUGCCUCCCACCUUUUGGUAUUCACCACUGAUGCCAAAUCUCACAUCGCUCUGGAUGGACGUAUAGCUGGAAUUGUCCUGCCCAAUGAUGGAGAGUGUCACCUUGAUAAUGAAAACAUUUACAACAAAGCUACUGUGCUGGAUUAUCCCUCCUUGGCGCUCAUGACAGAUAAAAUGUCUGAAAACAACAUAAAUUUAAUUUUUGCCGUCACCAACUAUGUGGUGCCGCUCUACAAGAAUUACAGUCAGCUCAUUCCAGGCACAACUGUAGGAAUGCUGUCCGAUGAUUCUGGGAAUGUUAUUCAGCUCAUUGAGGAGGCUUAUGCGAAAAUUCGCUCUAAAGUGGAGCUGGAGCUACUGGGAGUCCCAGAAGAGUUGAAUCUCUCUUUCAAUGCCACCUGCCUAAAAGGAGAGGUCAUCCCUGGACUUAAGUCUUGCUCUGGCCUCAAGAUUGGAGACACAGUGUCAUUCAGCGUGGAGGCUCAGUUGCGUGGCUGCCCCAAAGAGAAACACAGCACUUUUACCAUCAAACCUCGAGGCUUCAAGGAUUCACUGGAGGUCACGGUGGAUUUUGCCUGUGGCUGCAACUGUGAGGCAAAAGCUGAGGCCAACAGCUCCCUCUGUAGCAAGGGCAAUGGGACCUACGAGUGUGGCGUGUGUACGUGUCACCAGGGUCGUCUUGGCCCACGAUGUGAGUGUUCAGUGGAGGACUAUAGUCCAUCUGAUGAUGUCAACUGCAUCCCGAAGCCAGGGAGCCCAGUCUGCAGCGGGAGAGGCGACUGUUUGUGUGGACAGUGCUCCUGCCAUGCAAAUGAGUUUGGUCAGGUGUGGGGCAAAUACUGCGAAUGUGACGACUUCAACUGCUUGCGUUUCAAAGGAGCACUGUGUUCCGAUCAUGGGAAGUGUAACUGUGGGUUCUGCCAGUGUGAUGCUGGCUGGGAAGGAGAAAACUGUAACUGCACCACACGCAAAGACACCUGCACAUCCAGCAUCGGCCUGCUGUGCACUGGCCGUGGUAAAUGCGAGUGUGGGGUUUGUCAAUGCACUCAACCUGGUGCCUAUGGUGCAACCUGUGAGAAAUGCCCCACCUGUCCCGAUUCCUGUACUAUAAAACAGCAUUGCGUUGAGUGUCAGCACUUCAAGAGAGGACAGUACACAGAAGACAAUAGCUGCAGUAGAAUCUGCAAAGAUGAAAUUCAAUUAGUGGAUAAACUGGUUUUCCAUAAUAGAAAUGCAGUGAAUUGCUCAUACAAAGAUGUGAAUGACUGUGUGGAGCACUUCCAGUAUUACGAGGAUGAAAGCGGCAAAUCCAUUCUGUUUGUGGUAAAAGAGCCAGAGUGUCCUCAGGGUCCAGACAUCUUGGUGGUGCUCUUGGCAGUGGCCGGAGCCAUCUUGCUAUUGGGCCUUGUUGGCCUGCUCAUCUGGAAGCUGCUGGUCACCAUUCACGACCGCAGAGAGUUUGCCAAGUUUGAGGAGGAGAGAGCCAAAGCCAAAUGGGAUACGGCUAACAAUCCUUUGUAUAAAGGAGCUACGUCCACCUUCACCAAUGUAGCGUACCGAGGCAACUAACAACUAAAUCCAGUGAGAAAAACUCAGGGGUCAACGACAGAGAUGGAAUGUAGUAGCACAGAAAUGGAUUAGAAGAUCCUUUACACUGUCAUAUGACCGACUACUGUAGCUGAAAAGACCACAUGAUGUAAUAAUACUGUAUAUAGCUGUCAAUUUACAGUAAGGGAAACUGCUUCUGAAAAUCUGUCACUUUUGUGUUCUUUUUAGUAGGCUCGUCAACCAUUAUGAUGUUUGUUCUAUAAGUUUAGUUUUGUUCACAUUUUAAAAUAGAAAAAUUGACAUUUUUACUUCCUCUUCAGUGUCCACCAUGCUUGAUGUAUUAUCUAAAGCCUUGUUUUUAGAAAAUAGGGUUAUGUUCAUCAAAGUCAUUUGCUUUUGUGCAGCUGCAGGCUACUUUAAAGUUUAUUUUUUACUAAAAUGAAAAGAGCAGUUUCUAACAGCAAAAUGUCAGUGUACAUAAAGUAUGUACCAUAGAAUUUGAAUAUAUUAUUAAAACAUUUUUCAUGUAUAUGACAUGAUCAAUUCCCUCUUGAUAAUAUAAACAUGUUUGUCGUAAUGAUUUUGACAUUAAUGCAGCACUCUGUGUGGUUACAAUUAACUAUAAAAAGGAGUAAAAAAAACUUAUGUGAAAACAAUAUAGACCAUGAACAUCACUGUAAACUGUUACGUACGUGUUUCUUUCUGACUGCAUCAUCACCUGUUUUUGUGUUUGUUGGGCUUUUUUAUUGUUCAUUUUAUUUGUAAAAUUGUAUGAACAAAUUGUGUUCUAUCUUGCCAAUUGUGUGAUAUAUUUCAAUUUUCCACUGACCCGGACUGUGUUAAACUGAAAUGCAAUAUUCCUCAUUUGUGUAUAUGAGCAGAUUGUAUUGUACAUCAAAUCAUAGGCUUCUAGCCAUAAUGACAUGUAGUCGGUAAUAACAAACAAACCUCCUCUUGCUCAUUUUUAACCACUAUAUGAAAGAAAAGAGUGCAAUGUGAAGUGUUUUUUGGUUGUACAGCUCUGAUCGUCCCUCAGGGCACAGCCUGCUCAUUGCAUAGAUACCUGGUUUCCGGUUUUCUCUGGUUGUUUUGCAGUUUCUAAAUAUACCUGUGGUCUUUCUCUCAUAGUUCACAGAGGAAAUACAUACAUAUACAUUAUACUUGACUUGAAAGUUAUUUGAGAUUCAUAUUUCAGAUCUGUAGCAAUGUUAACAUUUCUGAAAUAGAAUAAUGUAUUUCACUUUUUGUUUUCACUCUGUGUGACGGUUGGCUUUACAUUUUUUUAAACAUAAUAAAUGUCAUUAA